ACAUACAACUAUAUAUACACCCACAAACGCACAAUCUGGUCACCAUUUCCAAUUAUCUUCAACUCUCUCUGCUGCCCAGGGACUUGAAUUUAUAAUUUCACCGUAUUGCCGUAAUGGAGGAUUUGAGCUUGCCAGAGGGAUCUCUCUUUCUCGGAUUCGACACUUCCACUCAGUCACUCAAGGCAACUGUGCUAGAUUCCAACCUCAACAUUGUCACUACAGAGGUUGUUAAUUAUGAUUUAGAGUUACCUCAUUAUAAAACAGAGAGCGGAGUGUACCGAGAUCCAUUAAUUAAUGGCCGAAUUGUUUCACCAACAUUGAUGUGGGUGGAAGCAUUUGAUCUCAUGCUUAAAAGGCUUCAGAAAAAACUGGAUUUGAACAAAGUCACUGCUGUGUCUGGUAGUGCGCAGCAACAUGGUAGUGUAUAUUGGAAAAGAGACAGUUGGGCAAUAUUAUCAUCAUUGGAUCCGAAGAAACCUCUUGUUGAUCAACUUCGGUAUGCCUUUUCGGUCAAUGAGUCACCAAUAUGGAUGGACUGUAGUACUACCAAACAAUGCAAAGCUAUUGAAGAAGCCGUUGGUGGUGCAUUGGAGUUGUCUAAACUCACUGGUUCUCGUGCACACGAGAGAUAUGUUGGUCCACAAAUUCGCAAGAUAUAUGAAACACAACCGAAAGUGUACAAGGACACAGAGAGGAUCUCCUUAGUUAGCUCUUUUAUGGCAUCAAUUCUUAUUGGAGCAUAUGCUUGUAUUGAUCAGACAGAUGGGGCAGGGAUGAAUUUGAUGGAUAUUAAGCAGCGGAUUUGGUCAAAAAAAGCUAUAGAGGUCACAGCACCAAAUUUGGAAGAGAAGCUUGGAAAAUUAGCUCCUGCACAUGCUGUUGCUGGUUUGAUUGCUCCCUACUUCGUGGAAAGGUUCCACUUCAACAAGGACUGUUUGGUUGUGCAGUGGUCAGGUGACAAUCCUAACAGCCUAGCAGGGUUGACACUCAACACUCCAGGGGAUCUGGCAAUCAGUCUUGGUACUAGUGAUACUGUAUUUGGAAUAACCAAGGAACAUCAACCAGGAUUAGAAGGGCAUUUCUUUCCAAAUCCUGUUGAUACAGAAAGCUAUAUGGUAAUGCUGGUAUAUAAGAAUGGAUCUCUUGUGCGUGAAGAUGUACGUAAUCGUUGUGCUAAUAGAUCAUGGGAAACUUUCAAUACUUUUCUUCAGCAAACACCACCGCUUAAUGGUGGAAAAUUAGGUUUCUACUACAAAGAUAAUGAAAUACUUCCUCCCUUGCCAGUUGGGUUUCAUCGGUACAUCACAAGUCUGGAUGUAAACACUUUGAGUGUCUUAGAACAGGAAGUGAAGGAAUUUGAUCCUUCAUCUGAGGUUCGAGCAUUAAUCGAGGGCCAGUUACUUUCUAUGAGAGCUCAUGCUGAAAGAUCUGGAAUGCCUAAUCCUCCGAAUAGGAUAAUAGCAACUGGUGGAGCAUCGGCAAAUAACAGCAUUUUAAGCUCAAUAGCUUCCAUUUUCGGAUGUAAUGUAUACACAGUCCAAAGGCCAGACUCGGCUCCUCUAGGGGCAGCAUUAAGGGCAGCUCAUGGUUGGUUAUGCAACAAGAAAGGAAGUUUCAUUCCGAUAGCAGACAUGUACGAGAGCAAGUUGCACAAAACAUCUCUUGCCUCUAAGCUUGCAGCGCGUGCUGGGACCAAAGAACUCAUCGCCAACUAUGCCUUUGUGAUGGAGAAGCGAAUGGAAAUCGAGACUCGACUUGUCCAGAGACUAGGACGUGUUUGAAGUCAUGCCACUGCAAAGGUAGCACGUUAAAGUUUACUUUCGUUGAUCUUUUCGUGGGUUGCUCAAAGUUCGGUGAAUCAAAUGAACUCACACGAAUUGUGACAACAUUGCUUGUAAAUACUACUACUAGAAGUAGAGUAAGUUCAGUUCUCAUGCUUCCUGAACCCUACUUACGAGUAAGGUCAGGUUUAUUUCAAGGACUAUACAUUAUUUCAGAUAAGAUGAUAUUUGGGGUGCUUUUCAGAA